GAGCAAAAAGUUUGCAAAACAAGUGAUUUACAAAAUAACGAGAAAAAAGUGGUCGAUUUGGGUGAAGAGGGGAAAGUACUUCUCAUCAAACAGGACAACCAGUUUCGGGCCAUUGGACCCAAAUGUAGUCAUUACGGCGCCCCUCUCGCCAACGGUGUAUUGUAUGGCUCGCAGAUAUCAUGUCCAUGGCACGCCGCCACUUUCUGUAUUAAAACCGGUGAUAUUGAAGACUUCCCCGGAUGUGAUAGCAUUCCUGUCCACGAGGUGUUAAUAAAAGGCGAGGAUGUGAUCGUUAAGGCCAAGAGAACCGCUUUGACUAAUAGUACUCGAGUGAAGAGUUUUAGCGCUAAAGACCCGAACAAUGUCCUCACUUUUGUGGUCGUCGGCGGAGGACCGGCGGGUUUCCAAUGCGCCGAAACCUUACGACAAGAGGGUUUCACGGGUCGGGUUGUGAUUAUCACCAGUGAAGACACCUAUCCGUACGAUAGGACCAAAUUAAGCAAAGCUUUGAGCACUAAAGUGGCGGAUCUUCUUCUCCGGUCUGAGCAAUAUUUAAAAGACGCUAACAUUGAAGUGAUUCUCAAGACAACUGUCGAUAAGUUGAACCCUAAAGAGAAAUCAGUUCAACUCAACAACGGACUCACUCUUAAGUUUGACAGAAUAUUCUUGGGAACCGGUGUUAGACCAAAAAUAUAUGAGGCGAAGGGAAAUGAGUUGAAGAAUAUCUGUUAUCUGCGAACCCAUUCCGACGCCAACUAUAUUGCACAGAAUGCAAACGAGAAGAACGUGAUCAUAAUUGGCACUUCAUUUAUCGGUAUGGAAGUGGCGGCGUUUCUCAACGGAAAGGCUAAGACCAUAGCAGUGAUCGGCAAAAGUAAAUACCCCUUCGCUUUAACGUUGGGUAAAGAAAUCGGCGAACAAAUCAAAGAACUCUACGAAUUAAAAGGAAUUAAAUUUUUCACCGAAUCUGGAGUUAAAGAGUUUGUCGGCGAAAAUAAUCAAUUGAAACAAAUAGUACUGACAAAUGGCCAGACAUUGCCCGCAGAUAUCUGUGUCGUUGGAAUCGGCGGUGAACCCAACACUGAUUUUCUGAAGGGAACUGACAUUAAAAUGGAUAAAUCAUAUAUCGUUGUCGACAAACACUUUGAAACGUCCGAAAAGAAUGUGUUCGCCGGCGGAGAUGUGGUUCGCUAUGAGCUGUCGAUUGUCAAUCAAAGUGUGGUGAAUGUCGGCCACUGGCAAACCGCACAAUCACAUGGCAAAACUGCGGCUCUAAGUAUGUUAGGAAAGACAUCUAAACUAAAGUCCGUCCCAUUCUUUUGGUCCAUGUUUUUUGGCAAAGGACUUCGUUUUGCAGGAAAUAACGAGGGAUUCAAAGAUGUGAUAAUAGACGGCGAUGUAUUGCAACUCAAAUUCGUGGCCUAUUAUAUCGACAACGCGGCCAAAGUGGUAGCCGUGGCCACAAUAGGCAACGACCCGAUCGCUACUAUGUUCGCAGCC